AUGCACCGCCGUUGGGGCAACAUGAAGGACCUGUCCCGGCAAGAAAAGGAGGAACUUCUCAACGGUGCAUGGCGGGAGGCAAAGCCGAUUCAAUUGGUGGCGGAUGAAGCAGACCGCGACGGCGGUGGCUUCACGGCGCCGGUCACCUUCCACACCGAAGAGGCGGCGCAGAAAUUUCUCGCAGAGGAGGACGCCGACGACGCUGCGGAGCUGCGUGAAUCGACGUUGGCGCUGGCCCAGCGCUUCUUCGUUGAGCUGGCAGCAGCAGCCGAUGAGGAGCUCGACGCCGGUCAGAUGCCUCCGCCGCCGCAGUCGGACGACGAGCGACGCCGCGAGAUGCGUGACGUGCAGCGACACUUUUUUGCGGACUUUUACGUAGAGCAAGGUCUCAUUUCUGAGGCGGAGCGCUACGCUUUUGUGGAUACAAUGCUGCGGCCGUCACGUGCUUUUUUCCUUGUGAACAGCACAUUGCCACUGGUGCGACUGACGGUGCGAGAUCAGCUCGAGUGCCACCACAGCGCAGGUGCCAUGUCGGACACUCCGUCACCGGUGACUUCUGCGAGAAGUGCCGAUGUCACAGCAACAGCUGCAGCAGCGUCUCCAUCCCCCAACACCUCCCCUGUCUUCGCAGCAACCGACUUGGAUGCGUGCCUGUACGUUGUACCACUGGUGCCUACGCAGUCGAUUGGCGCGCCGCUCUACGAGCCUUUCACCGCGGCCACCACCCGCGUGAGCCUAGCAGAGAGCGGCUCGAACCCCGCGGCGGGUCUGCUAGACGGGAAAGCGCGGGAAGAUGCGAGAACGGUAUCCUCAUCGACGACGGCGGUAGCGGAGACGGAAGCAAUUGACUCGGCGGAUAUGUUGGGUGCGAUGUUGCAAGACGACUUCUCAAUGCAAGACAACGAGGGCCGAGAGUCCGUAAAAGAAGAGGCGAAAGGACACGAAGCUUCCACGAAUGCUCCCGAUCAGGACAGCGUCGUCGCAUCCUACCGUCCGCCGACACUCGCCCACACGUACUGGCUGCAGCGUCAAGUUGCGAGCGGCUCGCUGCUCAACGUGGAUCUUCUCUCCCAUGCUAUUUCUGUACUUAGUGUGCAUCUCGCCGCCGCCGUCGCACCGCGCGACGCUUCCGCGGAGGUGGAGAGCAGCUAUGCGGUGCUCUUGUACCAAGCGGACACAACGGCGGAUGUGCGUUUGGGACGCGCUGCGUCGAGCACCUACCACACCGAAAUUGCCCAGUACCUGUUUCGCGCCACACAGGAAGAGGAGCAGGACGACGAUGCGGUAAGUCGACUGCGCAGUGUGGUGGUCGUCGUGGAGGAUGCGACCUUCACUCCGGUGAAGUCCUCCGCAUCGAGACGGUUCAAGGCUCAAGGACACGCGGAGCUCUUUGCCGCUUUACCGAUCCACGAUGCUUCUGCGGUGCCGGUCGCGGACCGCUAUCCGAAUUUGGUGUACGUAAUACCGCCUAAACAGGCGCAUCGCCACCGCCAUCUUCACAAGUCAUCAUCAUCGACGGCUUCACAGAAGCGGGUCAAAUUGCACACUCCGCCGCGCGGUCGCGUGGUCGUGUGCGUGCCGACGACGUCGCAGGACGGUGUGCGCCCUCGCGGUUGGCUCUCCAGCGGAGAGCCGGACGAGGCCGCCGACGGCUUGAGCAACAGCAGCGGCGGCAGCGAGGCAGCACCUGACGUCGGCACUGCAGGGGGCUCACCUGCGCGCAUCUUCUCCACCGCCCCACCAAACAGCUUUGUGGAACGCUGUCAGUUGGCGAACACAAACUUUUCACGGCUGCAGCAGUGCCUUUACAAUGCCAUCCACGCGGUGGACGUGGGCAGUGGCCGCGGUGAUGCUCCCACGGAUGGCGGCUGGGUGAUCUACGCGACCCAGAGCGUGAACGUGAUAGAGAACGAGGCGGUGGUGUGUGCCGUUCUUCAGCAAAUUGACGCUGAAGGUCGACAACUUGAGGCCAAUUCCUGCCCUCUCGAAGCAGGUGAGCCGGCUCCGCCGCCGUUGCAAGUCGAAUGCGUGCCCUUCAUCUCUGCUGAUGCGGAGCGUUACGUUCCUCACCGCGAUUCCGCGGCGGAGACGGUGCGGCUUCUUCGCAGGGAAGGGCGAGAGGGGUUUCCAACGUGGGUAGCCAUUGAAGACGGCUCCUCGGCGCAGGAAGCAGAGCAAUACCCAUUGGCGUUACGCACCGCCGUCGCACACGCCAGUUGGCGGACGGACCCGGUGCGUAAAGGCGAUGAUGGCGGGUAUCUUAUCUGCCUUCGUGUGACCGCCAGAGGUGCCGCCUCCAUCGUUGUCGAGGACACGCCGUUGUUGCGCGGCACGGACAAAGCAGCGCCUACUUCUCCGUUGUGCUGGUGGACACAUCCUCAGAGUCGAGUAACGUGUGCCGUGACACCCGCGAUGCUUCGCUUUCUGGAGGCUGCCUCACGACCGCCGGCUGCGGGAUUGAACGGGCAGAAAUCGCUUCGUUACCGCUCUGGCGUCCUUCACGCUGGGGUGCCUGUUGGUCUCUUGCCGUCCUCAUCGCAUCCUGAGAGCACCGCAGUGAAGGACGCUGUUGCGACGUGUCAGUGUAGCAGCGCGACAGCACACGCAGAGGUGCUCGCGGCGCUGAAAAAGGCACUCCCCGUUCUGCGACUCUCUUCCUUGGCGUUCAGUGAACUUCUAUUAGCGAAGGAAGUGCGGUCGCGAAGGGUCCGCCGGCAGCUGCACCUUCGCGACAAGCAGCUGGCACAAGUGCAGCAGAGCCCGAACAGCAACGGCUCCAUAAGAGCUGAAAAGGGUGCCGUGACGCGCGAGUCGCUCGCGUUCUUAGCGGCCGUGGAGGAGUUGAUUUGCCAAAAUGAGGACGGCCUCAACCACGACAACAACCGCGCCACGGGAACCCCCGGUGCGUUGUCGCAGACGCGGUUCAAUGUGGUGGUGGAGGCAGCCUCCGACUCCUUUAUCCCAGCUGUUAGCCCAAAUGGAGCCGAACUGACCAUCAGCGCGUUGCACCCUGCUGUCGCCGAAGAGCUGCACUCCGCAGGAAUUGUGGCGCAAGUAGAGUACGCCAAACGACCUAACGUGAAAGCAUCGGCGAUGGUAAUGGAGCACGACUCCUCUCCAGACAACUCCUCGUUCUACGACUUCACGUUGCGGCUGGAUGUUCCUCUUGACAUCCCGGAGCGCGCGAAGCACCUCGCGGCGAUGGAGGAAUGGCGUGUUGCGCUUCGGGAUGCCCUGCUGUACGUGUGCCGUCGCACCGGCGCCGCGCCGUCUGCAAUCUCGCGGCUGUGGGACGACAAGGCGGUCUGCCCCGACGAGACGGAGUCGGAGGUGCGGCUCCCACCCGGCGACGAGGCCGACGUGGAGCUGGCGGAGGACGACUACGAGGCCGCAGCCGACAUGCGACAACGGUUUCAACGACACAGUGGGCAGGCCAUCGCACCGGCCGUGGAUUUGCUGGCGCAGGAAAGCAUCGCACUGGCGUACGAGAGGAGUGGUGGAAAUGAUUGGCUGGAGGACACGAACUAUCGCGAGUGGCGUCGAAGACACGCAUCACGGUAA